GCAGGCUCAACGCUGGCGCAAUGAGAACUAUGAGAGGCCAGUGGACCUGGAGGGCUCCGGGGAUGAUGAUCCCUUUGGGGAUGAUGAAGUGGAUGACAUCUACUCGGGCUCCGGCUCCGGCUAUUUUGAGCAGGAGUCGGGGUUGGAGACAGCAGUCAGCCUCACCACAGACACAUCCAUCCCACUGCCCACCACGGUGGCCAUGCUGCCCGUCACCUUGGUGCAGCCCGUGGCAACUCCCUUUGAGCUGUUCCCCACGGAGGACACAUCCCCCGAGCAAACAACCAGCGUCCUGUAUAUCCCCAAGAUAACAGAAACACCAGUGAUCCCCAGCUGGAAAACAACCACCACCAGUACCACUGCCAGUGACUCCCCCAGCACCACAGCCACCACCACCACGGCUGCCACCACCACCACCACCACCACCAUCAGCACCACCGUGGCCACCGCCAAGCCCACCACCACCCAGAGGUUCCUGCCUCCUUUUGUCACCAAGGCAGCCACCACCCAGGCCACCACCCUGGAGACGCCCACCACCUCCAUUCCCGAAACCAGUGUGCUGACAGAGGUGACCACAUCACGGCUUGUCCCCUCCAGCACGGCCAAGCCAAGGUCCCUGCCAAAGCCAAGCACCUCCAGGACUGCAGAACCCACGGAAAAAAGCACUGCCUUGCCUUCCAGUCCCACCACGCUGCCACCCACAGAAGCCCCCCAGGUGGAGCCAGGGGAGUUGACGACGGUCCUCGACAGUGACCUGGAAGUCCCAACCAGUAAUGGCCCCAGCGGGGACUUCGAGAUCCAGGAGGAGGAGGAAACAACUCGUCCUGAGCUGGGCAACGAGGUGGUGGCAGUGGUGACACCACCAGCAGCACCAGGGCUGGGCAAGAAUGCAGAGCCGGGGCUCAUUGACAACACGAUAGAGUCGGGCAGCUCAGCUGCUCAGCUCCCCCAGAAGAACAUCCUGGAGAGGAAGGAAGUGUUGAUAGCUGUGAUUGUCGGCGGCGUGGUGGGAGCCCUCUUUGCUGCCUUCCUUGUCAUGCUGCUCAUCUACCGGAUGAAGAAGAAGGACGAGGGCAGCUAUACAUUGGAGGAACCCAAACAAGCCAACGUGACCUACCAGAAGCCGGACAAGCAGGAGGAGUUCUACGCGUAGGACAAGAGCCCG